GCUCUAGAGCAGCAGAUGAUGGCGCUGGCCCAGGAGCUGCAGAACCGCCAGCAGAGGGAGAACGAUCUCACGGCCGAGGUGCAGCGGCUCGGCCGUGUGGCCGAGGCUAGACCACGGGUGGACGGGCCUGUGCUACAGCCUCGAGCCGAGUCGCUCGUGGACACUCGCACGCUGGGCAAGCCAGACGUGUUCACGGGCGAGGAGCAUAAGUGGAACGAUCGGAAGGUGAUCUUCAAGGCGUACUGUGGCGUCGUGAACGCCGACUUGCUGGCAGGGAUGCGACUGGCAGAGAGCGCUGACGAGGCCUCAGUUCAGAACGAUGACUUCCUCGAGGAGAAUAUGAGGCAGGCCUCGCAGCAGCUGUACUACAUCUUGCUCCUCCUCUGCCGGCAGCACCCCGUGACGACGAUCGUGAACGCUGGCGAGAAUGAGGGCUUCCAGGCUUGGCGCAAGCUGGUCGAAUACUACGAACCGAAUGCGAGGUCCCGCAUCGCGGGGCAGCUGCCGAACCUCCUGAACUUCUCGUUCACUGGCGAUGUCGAGGACCGGCUGGCGCUGUUCGAGCGAGAGCUCCUCAGGUACGAGCAGAGGAGCGGCGAGGCCAUCACAGCCUCUAUGAGGAUCGGCAUCGUCCUUCGGCAGCUUGAGGAAGACCCUCUACGCCAGCACCUCUUGCUCAAUGCGACCAGGCUGGUGGAGUGGCAGGAUCUCCGACGUGAGGUCACCGACAUCCGCCGUGCCCAGAGCGCCAUCGCCCCGGUGCCCGUGCCCAUGGACCUGAGUGCGUUCACCAAGGGUGACGGCAAGGGCAGGCUCAUGGGCGACGGCAAGGGCAAGAGCAAGUCCAGUGGCAAGGGCAAGAGCAAGGGCGACAGCAAGGGCAAGUCCAAAUCCGACGGCAAGAGCAAGACCGGCAGCAAGUCACAGGGUCAGCAGCUCGGGCCACUCUGCUGGGGCUGCGGCGGUCGCGGCCACACCCAGCGUGAAUGCCCGAGCAAGCACAGGGGGACGUUGGCGAGCAUGGAGCAGACGCUGGUUCGCAUCAACGCCUCCCAGUCGACGAGUACGACCGUGCCGUCGGCGGCCAGCUCUAUCUCGACGGCUGCGACUACGAGGCUGAGUCCGGCGACGGCGAUGUCCGGCACGAGCUCUCGACAGGUCGCAGCAGUCUACCUGAGCGACGCGGACGAGCAGGUCAGCUACCCGUUCGCGAACCUCCACUCCCUCAGCAUCUACGACCCGGGGCCGGACAAGGCGGACGUGGUCGACUCUGCGACCAGCGCGGCCUUGGACCUGAACAUGAUCCACGGCAACUCGGAUGCGGAGGAGGUCGAGCUCAACGGCAUCUUGCGUGUGGGCAUCGACUCGUGCGCGGCGGCAUCGGUGCUGCCGCGUGGCUCGUGUGCGGACUACCCGGUGCACGAGGGCGGCCAGGCGAUCUCGUACAAGACCGCCUCUGGCCACUACGUGAACGACGAGGGCGAGAAGAUCCUCGUGGGGACGAUGCCUGGGGCAUCCCAGGCACGCGCUGCCAAGUUCAGGGUGGCGGACAUCAGCAAGCCGUCGCUGAGCGUCGCGGAGAUGGUCGACUCUGGCCAUCGGCUCGUCUUCGACUCGGAGGGCGGGCAGGACAUUAGCAACGCGUACCACAAGACCAGCGGAGACGUUGUCAAGUUCUGCCGCAGGAACAAGGUCUACGAGAUGGAUAUGCACGUCGACCCGUACGUGCCGGAGGUCUGCCCGGUCGAGGUGGCAGGCCACGAGCCUCCCGAGGGUGAAGCCGGCCAGCCAGGCGCGGCUCACGAGGAGGUCGCGGAGGGCCCGCCGGCACGGCCGGCGAGGGCGCCCGCGGCGCCGACGGCGGCCGAGCGAGCCGCGCAUGAGGUGCUGCACGAGCCCUACAGGGCAUGGUGCCGGGAGUGCGUCUCCGGCAGAGGCCUGUCCGCAGGCCGUCAGACGAAGGACCACCAGGAGUCGGCGCUCGCGGUGGUUGGCAUCGACUACGGCUACCUCGGUGAACGAGAGGACGCCACGCCGCUGCUGAUCGGGGAAGAUUCGAAGCAGCGUUGGUUCCACGCGUCGGUGGUUCCAUCUAAGGGGACGCAGCAUCCCUGGCCGGCAAAGUCGUGGUCCAUGAGGCUGGCAUCGGCUGGCCACAAGCGCUUCGUCUUCCGCCCAGACGGCGAGGCGCCGCUCGUCGCCCUGAAGACCCGCAUCGGGGCCAAGCUCAAGGAGGAGUAUGGCAUCGAGACGGUGCCCGAGGAGAGCGCGGUCGGCGACUCUCAGGGCAACGGCCUGGCCGAGCACGCGGUGCGCGAGGUCAAGGUCAAGGUGAGGACGGUGCGGGCGCAGGUGGACGACCUACACGGCGUGGGCAUUGGCGUCGAGCACCCAGUGACCCCGUGGAUGGUCGAGUUCGCAGCCAUGUCCAUCAACCUGGGCAGGCGGGGCGCUGACGGCCGCGCGGCUUGGGAGCUUCGUCACGGCCGCCCCUUCAACAAGGACCUGGCUUGCUUCUCGGAGAAGGUCCUGUAUCUCCCAGGGGGCAAGCGCAAGGCCGGGAUCGAGGACAAGUUCCUCGCUGGGCUCUACCUGGGGCCCACGCUUCGGACGGACGAGGUCUACAUUGGCACGGAGUUGGGCGCACUACGGGCCAGGACCUUCAAGCGGUUGACGGUCGAGCAGCGGGCCGAUAAGGACCUGCUGAACAGCCUCGUGGGGAAGCCGUGGGCGCCGGUGCCGACGGACGUAGAGGUGGACGAAGUGCCGGUGGCCAUCGAGAUCCGAGCGCCGGCGCCAGCGCCGGUCGCGCUUGUGGGCGGACCUCUGGCGCCCAUCCCUGAGGCUGGGGACCUCCCGCCCCGGGCUCUCCGAGUCGGGCGACCACCGGCAGGACCGCGGGCCGUCUACAUCAGGAAGGACGUCGAGAUCGCGAAGUACGGGCUCUCCCCGGGCUGCUACGGCUGCGCCGCGAUCCUCAACGGCGCCCGGGCGCAGGCUCACUCAGCCGAGUGCCGCGCUCGGAUCGAGCAGGCGAUGCAGGACGACGAGGUGGCAAAGCAGAGGCUCGAGGAUGCCCGUGAGCGGAAGCGGCAUCGCACUGACGUCGCCGGGCCUGUCUAUCAAGAGGGCGGCUCGUCAGGCAGUGGCGGCCCAGCCCCAGCUCAGCAGGUGCCGCCAGUACCCGAGGCCGCGGUGGCGGCUGACGUGGCGAUGGCUCCGGCACCACACGACACCGGCGACGACAACAUGCAGGAGGAGAUCGGUGCCCUCCUGCUCUGCCUCGGCUACAGCGGGCGCAAGGCCGACGUGAUGGAGGUCUUUUGCCCGAGUAGGCUUGUGGGCUUUGCCCCACUCUUCGGUCUGGUCCACGGCGGCUCGUUCGACCUGAGGGUUGGCUGGGACCUGACCGACCGCCAGCAGCAGCGACAGUGCCGGGAGCUGAUCGAGCACUUCGAGGUGUACCUCCUCUUGGGCAGUCCUCGCUGCGCGCCGUUCUCCAUGCUGAAGUACCUGAACGAGGACACGGAGAAGCAGCGUGAGGCCUACGCCGUCGGGUGCGAGCACUUGAGGUUCGUGAUGGAGCUCUACACGCUGCAGGUGAAGCACGACCGCACGUUCUUGCACGAGCACCCCUGGAGCGCGGACAGCUGGGGCCUGGACAUCGUGAAGGAUGUGAUGGCUCUCCCGGGCGUCGAGGUCGGGCGAGGCGACCAGUGCGUAUUCGGCCUGGUGGUUGCGGACGCGCACGGCGACAGGCUCGCCAAGAAGCCGACAGGAUGGAUGAGUAAUAACAAGGAGGUGUUGGAUGAGGUCUGCAAGCGCUGCCCCAAUGAUACUGGCAUUGGUAGCCGCCACGAGCAUUCCACCUUCGUCGGCCGUAACAUGCGUGUGGCGGAGAGGUGCCCGGUCAAGCUCCUCCGCGCCAUCCUCCGUGGCCUCCGCCGUCACCUUAGGAACAAGAAGGUGCUCACGCUUUCGGCCCUGGAUGCUGGGCCGAACGUGGACGACGAGGAGAUCAGCCUGAAGGACUUCGUCGGGAAGUGGCGCGACACGCUGAGGACCGAGUUCUACGACGACCUCACCGGCCUCCCGCUGGACCCCACGCUGGUGAAGGCCGCGAGGCGCCUGGAGAUGGAUUUCAUGGCGCAGCUUGGCGUGUGGGUCUACGCGAGGGAGGAGGACUGUCAGCGCGAGCUUGGACGGAGGCCUCUCAGUGUGCGCUGGGUCGAUAUCGACAAGGGCGACACCGACCGGCCGGACUACAGAUCCAGGCUCGUCGUGCAGGAGACCAAGGCGCAGAGCACCAUCGCCGGGGACGACAUCGGCGCGGUGUUUGCGGCGACCCCGCCGCUAGAGUGCCUUCGGCUCAUCUGCAGCAUGGUGAUGUCGAGCGACCCGUCCGAGGGCCGCGUGCCGCGCUUCCUGGACAUCUCGCGGGCACACCCGCACUGCGAGAUCAAGAGGACAGUCUACAUCAAGCUUCCAGAGGAGGAUCCGAUGUCGCAGGAGAUCGGUACGUGUGGGCUCUUGCGGAUGGCGCUCUACGGGACGCGCGACGCUGGCCAGAACUUCGAGCUCGCGACUGCCGAGACGGUCAUCGGUGCUGGCUGUGACCAGUCGGCCUUCUCGCCUUGCGUGUGCUGCCACAAGGACCUUCAGGUGAGCUUCUUCCACCACGGCGACGACUUCGUUCUCGAGGGUUCUCGGGGCGGGACGGAGUCGAUCUGCGAGGCCCUGAAGACGAAGUUCAUCGCGAAGGACAGGGGCGUGCUCGGGCCGGCGCCUACCGACGCAAAGGAGAUCACGUGCCUCAACAGGGUCGUGCGCUGGCGGGACCGAUGGUGCCAAGGGGGCGAGGCCAUCGAGUACGAGGUCGACCGCGAGCUGAACGAGCACGAGGCGGCAGAGUACCGCAGUGCGUGCAUGAGGCUGGGCUACUUGGCGCUCGACCGGCCAGAGGUGCAGUUCACGGCCAAGGAGUGCGCUCGCGGCAUGCAGAAGCCGACAGAGCGACACCUCCGCCUCCUGAAGCGCGCUGGACGCUUCUUGAUUGGGGCGCCGCGGGCCAUCUGGAAGUGGGGCCGACAGCGGGCACCCACAGUGAUGGACAUCUACUCGGACACCGACUGGGCAGGCUGCCCGAUCACGCGGAGGAGCACCAGUUCAGUCGCGAUCAAACAUGGGCAGCACCUGAUCGUGACGGCAUCGACGACUCAGAUCCCCAUCUCCAUGAGUUCGGGGGAGGCUGAGUUCUACGGCUGUGUGCGAGCGGCCAGCAGGGCCAUCGGCAUGCAGUCACUGUGCCAGGGCCUAGGCAGGGACGUGAGCCUUCGCAUCUGGAGCGACUCGGCAGCUGCUCUUGGCAUCAUGCAACGACGAGGCUGCGGCAAAGUCCGACACCUCGAGACGCCGGCGCUGCGGGUGCAGAAGGCGCUCAAGGACGGACGGUUUCAGCUGGCCAAGGUUCCCGGGAAGUCGAACCCGGCGGACCUGGGGGCGAAGUUCCUCGACCAGGCGGCGAUGCUCCGAGGACUGAAGAUGAUGAAUGUCGAGCUCUCGGACGCGCCCCUCUCGAGUGCCCUUCAGGCGAAGGUCUGA